ACGUGAGGGGAGAGCCCAGAUCACGUGACAUGCGCCGGGGUUAGAUCCGCUUAGCGGCUGCGGCGGCUCAUUGUCUCUCCGCGAGAGGUCAAAGGUCACCGGGGCGGUGUGUGACAUCACUCCGGUGCAUGUGCGGAAACAACAUGUCUGUGCCGCUACUCACCGACGCUGUGACCGUACCCGGAGGGGAACGAGAGACUGCGGCGGUGAUCUUCCUGCACGGCCUGGGGGAUAGUGGACAUGGCUGGGCUGAAGCAUUAUCUGGUAGUAAACUGCCCUAUGUGAAAUACAUAUGUCCACAUGCACCUCGCAUUCCAGUAAGUCUAAACAUGAAGAUGGUGAUGCCAGCAUGGUUUGAUUUGAUGGGGCUGAGUCCGGAUGCACCUGAAGAUGAGGCAGGCAUUAAGAAAGCUGCAGAAAGCAUCAAGAGUAUCAUUGAGCAUGAAAUGAGGAAUGGAAUCCCUGCUAAUAGGAUUGUUCUUGGUGGAUUCUCUCAGGGUGGUGCCCUGUCUUUGUAUACUGCUUUGACCUGCCAACAUAAACUUGCUGGGGUAGUUGGACUUAGCUGUUGGCUGCCUCUCCACAAGACAUUCCCUCAGGCAGCAUGCAGUGUAAAUAAGGAAAUCUCCAUCUUGCAAUGUCAUGGAGAGGCAGAUCCUAUGAUUCCUGUCCGCUUCGGAGCACUCACCUCAGAGAAACUGAAGUCUGUAGUGAACCCUUCAAAAAUCCAGUUCAAAACAUAUCCUGGAGUAAUGCACAGCACUAAUCAAGAGGAAAUGAUGACCGUGAAAAACUUCUUGGAGAAGGUGCUCCCACGAGUGUAACUUACAGAUAAUUCCACUGCAGGAAACCGCCACUAGGCCUCACCUCCAGUGUUUCUUCCCUGAACCCUUGUCCUAUUACCCACACAUCCCCACUCUGUGCUGGUUAAUGAUACAAGUAUUAUCUGUCCUGCCAGAUUUGAUUGGAGCUGUUUAAGGUACAGGGUGGGGGUUGCUGCUCCUGCACCCAUUCCAUGAUACCUGCCAAGAGCAGGCCUUGUCAUUGCUGCUUCACAGAUAGAUCCUCCUAGUGUUACAUUUCAUAGUGUUCUGUUGUCACAGUGUCUUGCCUGUUGACGCCAGAAAGACAUCAUAUACCUCCAAGGAGCAGCUGAGUGUUGAGAAGUGAAUGUACCUUAAACACUCCGUCCUUUCAGGAGCAGAGCUCAGGGCCACUACAGCUGGUACUGUGCCCCAAUGUAGGUAUUUUUCAUCUGUCCCUGCUCUAGACUGGUGUUAUGCUUUUGGCCUUGCAUCCAUGCUCUCUGAGCUCUGGUCAUGUAUUUGUAAGGUUAAGCAUGAACGGGGAAGAGAGUGUACCUUCUAAAUCAGCAUUACCGUCUUAAGGUUUUGUUUUUUUAAUUCACAAUAAAAAGCCUUCUACCCA